CAUAGCGAAAUGCAGCCUCCUCUGAAGAGUUAUUCUUGCCUGCUCCUCUUGUUUGUCCUUUCGGCUAUCGAUGUGGCCAGGACAGCACCUCGUCAGGCGAGUAGCUAUGUAAUCCCAUUGGCCUGGAAGGAUCUACUAGAGGGUUUAAAUUUUCCGGAGCCGCAAGAGAAAUCCCAGGAAAUUCCCGAACCGCGUGCAGUGUAUGUUAACCUUGAGGAUCCCGCAAGCGAUAGCCAGCAGUUUGAUUUGCAACAGGUCCUUCUGCUGACCAGUGGACUGAGUCCUGCCCAGAUUGCCCAGCGGUCUCAGGGACGGAAUGAGGGCAGGUUCUUUUCACGCGGCACCACCGUUGUCGUGGUAACCGGUACGGGUAGCGGCGGCGCAAUCAAUAACAACAAUACCAAUACGGUUGUGACCAAUGCUACGGCAGUUCCGGCAUCCACGACCACAACGGCCACUCGAGCUGGAGAGUUUAUCCGGGCUCCAAUUGGAUAUCCGGCCGGACUGCCCAUGCAAUAUUUCCGGAAGCGACAGGACGACGGCUCAUUAUCAUCACCGGCACUUACCUAUCCGGAACUAUUUGGCUGGAAUGAGGCGGCUUUCUAUGGCGGAGAUUUGGGUAGUAGUUAUGCCGGUUUGGGUGGCCUCAACGGUGGCUAUAGUCUGCCUGGUGUACCCUUGGUUCCCAUUACCAUUGGCAACGAAGUGAGAUAUGUGCCCAUGAAUCUACGAAUGUACCGUCAAUUGGCCAGUAGUCCUCCUCCACCACCGCCUCCUCCAAUGCCCGCCAUCAGGGAGGAGGAGGAUCAGUUGGGCGACGAUGAUAUAUCUGGCUUUGCCGUAUCACCAGAACUUGAAGUGGACGAGGAGAGUCUCAAUGAUGGUGGUCAAGAGGUCGGUAGUUCUGGUCACUCAGUUGGCGUCUCACCCGGCUACGGAAUCCUUGGCCAGCGGUUAAGACCUCGUCCUUUGGCCAGAAGGCGACCUCUACAGUCACUGGCCCAGAAUAUUCGCAGGGUGCAGUACCUCAAGUAGUACGUGUUAAUCAACAACGGAACAAAGAAUCAGAAUGACCACUAAACUUAAGAACAAUUUUUUUUCUACACCUACCUAAACUAAAUAAAAUGCAUUAAAAACAAGUUUGAUAUUAUUCCUGAUAGUUACUCUAAAUUGGUAAAUUCAAACUCAACCGAGUGGCCAACUUUAAUGGGAAUCAAUUGCUCUGACAGCUUAAUCAUCCAAACUAGACCAAGCAACUGGUUAUGGCUAUAUUCAUUCUAUUUUACAGAUAUGCCACAAAUAAUAGUCGCAAUUUAACGGGUAUUUACCAUCAUGGGUAAUUACCAUCAUUUGAGUUAUUUAUGAAUAAUAUAUCCGCUUAUUAAGGAUUAAGAGGUUUAAUUAUUUAUAAAACCAUCUAACCUCUUUCAUAAUAUUCCCUGCUUUCACCAUUAUUAUUUUAAACCCAACUGUGGCUAUGAAAAUAUGUUGAAAAAAAAAAAAGAAGAAAUUCCUGAACUCUUUUCGCGAAACUCCUCAUCUCUGCGUUGGCCCCAAUAAUAUUAAGUUGAUAAGUUUUUCCAUUGGCCGGAAGGAAAACUUUUCAAUUUGCGAGCAGAGUUUCGCUUAUUACCCAUAAACAUUUUACAUGAGCUUGGGAAAAAGAAAGUUUGCCAUUGGGAAAAACUCUAUGAAAUAGAUGCGCUAACUAGAUCAAUUUUAAUUUGCUUCACAAAGACAAUUCAAUCAGUCAAAAAUAUGGCACUUUUUCGAAGUGGGUUAGACAGAGAGCGUUCUGUCAAAUUAUCUGGCA